AUGGAGUCACUCACCCCACUAGGAAUCACUCACUCACUGGGAGUCACUCACCCCACAAGGAGACACUCACCCCACUGGGAGCCACUCACCCAACAAGGAGUCACUAACCCCACUGGGAGUCACUCACCCAACAAGAAGGCACGCGCCUCACUUGGAGUCACUCACCCAACAAGGAGUCACCCACCCCCCUGGGAGUCACUCACCCCACUAGAAGUCACUCACCCCACUGGGAGUCACCCACCCCACUGGGAGUCACUCACCCCACUGGGAGUCACUCACCCAACAAGGAGUCACUCACCCCACUGGGAGUCACUCACCCACACGGAGUCACUCACCCCACUGGGAGUCACUCACCCACAAGGAGUCACUCACCCCACUGGGAGUCACUUACCCACUAGGAGUCACUCACCCACUAGGAGUCACUCACCCACUAGGAUUCACUCACCCACUAGGUGUCAUUCACCGCCUGAAGGUCACUCACCCCACAGGGAGUCACUCACAAGGAGUUAUUCACCCACUGAGGGUCACUCACCCCACAGGGAGUCAAUCACUCACAAGGAGUCACUGUCCCACUUGGACAAACUCACCCACAAGGAGGCACUUGCCUCACAGGAAGUCACUCGCCUCACUAGGAGUCACUUACUCACUAGGAGUCACUCACCCCAUUGGGAGUCACUCACCCACUAG